AUGGGCACUGAAGCUACAUAUCCCACCCUGUCCAUUGAGAGACUUUUGCCGGACUCUCGCUGGGACACCAACCCCACACGUUUGGCGUUCCGCCAGAAACUCGCGGCUUUGACCUACUGGGCACUCUAUCCCGACAAAGCAACUGUUCCUACUCUAGUCGUGAGGGAUGAAUACCUCGGCUGGGUCGUGGAAGAGCCAUUAUGUCGCAUUGACUACUAUGGCGUUACCUUUGACUAUCUCGUGCCGACCGAGGACACUGAUCCGGAAGUGUUACAGAUCAACAUUCUAGAGACAGAAAACGAUGGCGGUGAAUACGCUAAUCACUGGCUUGAUUUCGAGGUGAACGCGGUGGCAUACAAGAAUCUCUCGGUCCUGGCAGUGCCAAGAUGUUGUCAGAAGAGGAAGGGCACGCAAGACCGCCACAAAGUGAACGAGGGGGUUCUUGAGAGGGAAAGUGCUCUGCAGGUGUCUAACUCUCGGUAG